AUGGUCGCCUGCAUUGCACCAUCUGCUAAGCAGGUGAAAAGUGGCUCUCAAUAUCGAGCUCCUUGCGGCCACCCUCCGUACUCCACAGAAGCAUACACUGAAAACGAGCAACAAUCGAGAAACACCUGGCGGUCGGAGCGCUUGCGCCCCCAGACUAUAAAACCGUUUUUGGUAUCCUUUGAAGCUUCAGUUCGCAUUUCAGUCCAGAACGAAGCAAAGAUGCGUCGGUUGUGGGUGGUGUUGGUAGCGAUGAUGCUAUCGUCGGCAUGUGGUGAAUCUAGUGACCUGGAGGAACAAAUGCGCGUGCUCGCCAAACAAGUGACGACGCUCCUGGAUAGACGGAGAGAGGAUCUAGCAAGCAUCGAGGAUAACAUGCGGAAGAGGAUGUUCCAAAGUCCGGAAAUUGGAGAUGUUAAAGAGGAGCUGAAGAAGCUGAGGACCGAAAUGGAUGAAAUCCAGUCUGGAAGCUUUCAGCGUCAAGAGCCACACUCCCGACAGGAAAAAAACGACCACUUGACGGUGAAAUGGUUGUCCAAUGCGGUGGCGGAAUUAAAAACCGAACUUUCUGAAGUUCAAAACACUCUGAAUUCGACCGUAAUCCUGCAAAAUCACGAACAAGUCGACACCGAGCUUAGUUUAUUAAAAAGCGACGUCUCCAAUCUCAACAAGGAACUGGAGAUGGCGAGGAAGAAGAAUGCCAAGUAUGAGGCUGAUUUAAUAGCUAUGAGGGAGGAAUUGGCAUCGCUGAAAGAACAUUCGAAAGCAACGGCUGUCAUAUGCGCUAAAAACAAGAAUCAGUUGAAAGCCGCCCAAUUGGAAUGGAAUCACAAUUGGCAAAUUUUGAACGAGAAAAAACUAACAAUGGACGAAACUCCGGACCAAACCCUGACCCACCCUUCACGCCAUCAAAGACUCCUCAAGAAACACGUCCUCGAUUUAGAGAAGACUUCGAAAGUUCUCCAUCGAGAAAACGAGCGAUUGAAGACUCGCUUCCUGAAAGUGGAGGAAGAAUUAGAUCUGUUGCAAAAAUACGUCGAGAAUAAGGAUCAGGUCUACGACAGGAUCAACGGCAACGAAAUCCAGGACUACAUAAGCCGGGAGCGAGUCAAGGAAGUCGGAAGGGACGAGUUUGCUCGCCGGCAAGCGAAAAACACGGAAUCUAUUGCGAAUUUGACUAAACAAAUGUCGAAUUUCGACAAAUUACAUUUGUCGAUGUUGGAGCUGCUCGAAAACGUCGAAAGUAUCGAGAAUAAAGUCGAUGUGGGUCUCCCCGAGUUCCGGAAAGAAAUCUCCAAAUUGGAAAUACAAAUCGGCGAUGCAGUUUCGCAGAUUUCUUUGUUAAGGGAAGAUCAAACAAAUACGCGACAAUCGGUUAAAGCCAUCGGGGUGAGCGUGUCCAAUUUGCAAGAUAAAGCCGAAACGGAGCGAAAACGAGUGAAGAAAAUCGAAGAACAGGUCGGAAGUUUGACCAAAGCGGCCACAAUGCAAACGGCCAAGCUACACGAUUAUAUUUUGAAGACCGAAUCGUCGACACUCGACACCAACCAAACCAAAUCGACCAUCCACCUCGUCCAAGAGCUCAAAUCGUUCGAAAACGAGUACAAAAGCAUCGUCAAUAAGCUGCCGCACGAUUGCGGGGCUGUCUCGGGGCCCAGCGGCGUCUAUCUCAUAUCUCCAGGGGAUGGCGAGCCCAUCCUGGCCUACUGCAACGACGGCUGGACCACCAUCCAGAAGCGCUACGACGGCUCGGUGGACUUUAACCGAAACUGGAACGACUAUUCCAACGGUUUUGGGUCCGCCACCGGCGAGCACUGGCUAGGCAACAGAAACCUCCAUUAUUUGACGAAGAAAAACUGCACCAAACUCCAGAUCAACAUGAAGGACAUUUACGGGAAGUACUGGCAAGCUACCUACGACGAGUUUAGCGUCGGGGAUUACAGCAUGGGUUUUAAACUGGUGGUGGACAACUACAGCGGGAAUGCCAGCGAUGCGCUGGAUUACCAAAACCAUAUGGAAUUUUCGACGAUUGAUAAUGAUCGGGACAUUUCGAAUACUCACUGUGCUAGUAAUUAUGAAGGUGGGUGGUGGUUCUCCCACUGCCAGCAUGCGAAUCUGAAUGGGAGAUACAACCUGGGUUUGACAUGGUUUGACAGUUCGAGGAAUGAGUGGAUCGCGGUGUCGAAAAGCGAGAUGAAGGUGAAGCAAAGAGAGAACUGUUGAAUUUUUCCAAAUAUUUAUUAAUGUUAACCAGUGUAUGCCAUGCUAUAGUUGUAUUUAGUGGAUUGGAAAGACUGAAAAUUUUGUGGUUUUUUUCGAUGAGUUUUUUUUUGCCAGUAUUUACCAAAGAUGACUAGUUCAUUCGAAUUGUUAGGUUUAAGCGCACACUUUUGAGAUAAUGUCGUGUAUAUAUUUUAUUUAUUCGUAUGCUUUUUUACUGCCAUAUAGGUUUUUACAAUUGUAUAUAGUAGUAUUUAUUGUAAUUUAUAAUGUUUGACAAAGAUAGGGAUAAUUUUCCACUUGGAUGGUUUAUGUAAAUAUACUUAGGUCAAUACCUUUGUACCAAUGAUUAGUUUUUUAAUAAAAUAAAGUCAAGUAAAACUCCA